AUGUUUAAGUUUAGCAACAAGAGAAUGGAAUAUGAAGAAUAAAUGCUUGAAGAAAAUUCAGAUACUCUCCCUCCAAAUGUUUAGUAUUAGCGUAUCGAUCGAUAUAAUUACAUCCUUUAAAUAAGAGGUGAAGUAGGUAGUGUUCAUGAGGGUAGAAUAUUAAAUUAGAAAUAGGUGCCUACAUUAUCGCAGAUGUUAGUUUAAAUGGUUUCCCAGUCGAAGCCCCCUAAGUAAAUUUUCGCAAUAAUUUUUAACACGUGAAUAUUUUUCCAAUGGGUAAGCUUUGCUUGUACUUGGUUAACAAAGAAACAUGGAUUUCUAGCACAAGUUUGAUAGAUGUUUUUUCAGGAAUCAACCAAGUCAUACAUCAGUAUUGAAUUAAGUUAUAAAUCUAAGUCCUACCUUCAAUGACCCUGCUAACAGUCUUUAUAAGGACUCUGAAGUUUAUGAAAAGGAUAUGAAAGAAUAAGCAAAAAAAUUUAGAGAUGAGAAAUAUAAAAUAAUAUGA